GCGAGACGGAAGUGAGGGAGUGUCAUGGCAACCGCGAGCGCGUCGCGGCGCUCGGGAGUCCCGCGGAGCCCCUGAGGGCCGGCCCGCGGCUGUCGGAGCCUCUCGGUGCGGGCCGCGUUCGCUCGGAGCCCCUGAGGGCCGGCCCGCGGCUGUCGGAGCCUCUCGGUUCCUGAUCGUUGAGGACGACACGGGAGAGGAGAGGUGGAGUCGGGAGAGGAGACGGGAAAGCCAAGUGGUGAUUUUUGGUGAAGUCUCGUGUCACUAUGAAGGCCCUGUAUGCUCAGCAGAAUUCUCCUGGAGAGGAAAUGACAUUUGUGUUCCAGGAAAGGGAGAACCUUCCUCCCAGCAGAGCCCACGAUGUGAAGGUGCAGGUCAGAGCCUGUGCUCUGAGCUGCGUGGACACAAAGCUCCUGGCAGAAAUCAAACUGAAGAAGGAACUUGUGCCUGUUGGGAGAGAAAUUUCAGGAGUUGUGCUGGAAGUUGGAAGCAAGGUGACCUUUUUCCAGCCAGAUGAUGAAGUGGUGGGAAUUCUGCCCCUGGAUUCUGAGGAGUCUGGUGUCUGUGAAGUUAUCCUGGUUCAUGAGCAUUAUUUGGCUCACAAGCCGCAGAAGGUGUGCUGGGCAGAGGCUGCCGGGACGCUCCGGGACGGGCUCCGCGCGUACACAGCCCUGCACUACCUGGCCCCGGUGUCCCCUGGCUCCAGUGUCCUCGUCCUGGAUGGAGCAAGUCCAUUUGGUACCAUUGCAAUUCAGUUGGCCCAGCACAGAGGGGCCAAAGUCAUCUCCACUGCCCACAGCCUGGAGGACAAGCAGUACCUGGAGAGGCUCAGGCCUGCUGGGGGAGUCCGGCAGCCUUUGGUGGCCCGGGUGAUCGACGUGUCCCACGGGAAGAUUGACCUGGCCGAGAGCUGCCUGGAGGAGACGGGCGGGCUGGGCGUGGACAUCGUGCUGGAUGCCGGAGUGAGGCUGUACAGUGCUGAGGAUGAAGCAGGUUCCAGAUGCCAGCUGCUGCCUCACAAGCACGACAUCAUCACCCUGCUUGGGGUUGGGGGACGCUGGAUAACGACGGAAAGGAACCUGCAGCUGGAUCCUCCAGACAGCCAUUCCUUGUUCCUUAAGGGAGCCACAGUGUCCUUCCUGAACGAGGAGGUCUGGAACUUGUCCAAUGUGCAGCAGGGCAAGUAUCUUGCCAUCCUGGAAGAUAUCAUGGAUAAAUUAUCAAAUGGCAUUUUCAGGCCUCAACUGGAUGAAGCCAUCCCAUUGUAUGAAGCCAAAGUUUCUAUGGAAAUAGUUCAGAAGAAUCAAGCUAGAAAGAGACAAGUGAUCCAGUUCUGAUGAGACACAACUUCUGAUUUCUCAGCCUGGGGAAGAUAAAGAAAUGUAUUUGUGGUAUAAAUCAGUGUACACUUGGCAGUGAACAGAAUUUAAACAUUCUUUGUACCUCAGCUCAAAUGGUCUCCGAAGCUUCCAUGACUUCAGGGUUUUUAAAUUCCCUUGAGCAGAAUCUUCCUAUCAGCAGCUUCUAAAGAAGCAGCCUCGACAUAAAAACUUGUCUGCCCUGCCACACUUAAAAAUGUCAGAAACAUCUACAGGCAAACUCAGUCUCUGUUGGUUUUCAACCCUAAGAAAUUAAAGAGGGACAAAAAGA